UUUGCUGAGAAGAGUCGUGUAAUCGGUGGACCACAUCAUUACUGUGAAGACUGCUUGGGGAAUAACAUGAACAUCUACGCAAAAACACGGUGCUUACUCGCCACCACUUCGCUGUUCUUCGUGGCAGUAAGUCCGGCCGUGGUCACGCCUCCCACUGCACACUGUCGCAAGUCGGCGCGGCCUGACUCCUGCUCGCCGCUGAUCAUCGGCCACCGCGGCGCCAGCGGCUACGUCCCCGAGCACACGCUGGGCUCCUACGCACUGGCAAUCACCGUCGGCGCAGACUACGUGGAGCCAGACAUCGUCAUAACCAAGGACCGCCAGCUCAUAGUUCUACACGAUAACCACCUCUCCACCACCACCGACGUCGCCGAUCGAGCCGAGUUCGCGAACCGCCGCACCACCAAAACCGUCGACGGAACACAAAUCACGAGCUGGUUCACAGAGGACUUCACUCUUGACGAAAUCAAAAGUUUACGCGCGAAAGAGCGUAUUCCUGAGAACCGACCCGGCAACGCGCGACUGGAUGGGGCCUUCCAGGUCCCGACGUUCCAGGAAGUCAUUGAUCUCGUGAAGAGCUUGCAAGUGAGUCAGCGGAGAGUCAUCGGAUUGUAUCCAGAGAUCAAGCACAGCACAUACUUCAAGCGCCUGGGGCUGCCCAUGGAAAAACUCGUAGUAGAUACGCUACAUAAAAACGGCUACGUCGGCUCAAAGGCUGCAGUCUUCAUUCAGUCCUUCGAGAUAAACAAUUUAAAAGAGUUGAAGAACAUGACAGACCUUCGUCUGCUGCAGCUGCUGGACAGCCCGGAGGUGCGGCCGGCGGACCAGGAUCAGGAGACUGGAAUCACAUACGGGGAGAUCGCAACACGUGAAGGUCUGCAGGCACUGGGGCAGUACGCUACGGCAGUGGCACCGGAUAAGAGCUACAUAAUCCCACGGGACGGAGAGGGACGUUUGCUGUCUCCGACCAGCUUUGUGCGAGACGCCCACGAUGCAGGGCUCAAAGUCCACCCCUACACCUUCCGACGGGAGAACGUGUUCCUUCCACUGGAGUUCCGCAGCGGAGACGCCAGCGCGGCGGCGAUAGGUGACAUGGCCGGGGAGAUAAAGGCGUUCUUGGACACGGGCAUCGACGGACUGUUCACAGACCAGGCCGAUGUGGCUGUGCGAUUGCGUGGACCAUGCCUUUAGUAUAUAAGUAUCACAUAAGUAUAGUUACCCACUUUCGUAAGCAUACAAGUCUCGUACAAGUGAAUUAAGUAUAUGGAAUUUACCUAGCCUC